AUGUGUGGCUGUUACUAUUUGCCGUCUAUUAAGGCAUCCAAGACGAAGAAGUAUCUGCCCCAGGUUGACUUGAAAGCUCACACCACCAUAUUAUCGACUGCUUCUAGGACUGUGCUCUCACAGACCUUUGUCAAUCCGUCUUCAACCACCGAUGUCAAGGAAUGCAAAUAUGUUUUUCCGCUUUACGAUGGGGUGAGUGUUGUCGGCUUCACAUGCCAAGUCGGUUCUCGUAUCAUCAACGGGCUUGUCAAGGAGAAAGCGAAAGCGCAGGAAGAAUACGAUGCCGCUGUGGAACGUGGGGAGACCGCUGGUCUGCUCGAACAAGGCCCGACCUCUGAUGUCUUCAUGACUAGCCUCGGCAACAUUCCGGCUGGAGAAAAGCUAUUAGUCACUGUUACCUACGUCGGCGAGCUCAAGCAUGACGUUGGCGCAAAUGGAAUACGCUUUACAAUCCCCACAAGUAUCAGUCCGCGUUAUGGCCAAGCUGGGAUGGAUCAAAACGACUCAACAGUCUCGAAAGGAGGUAUCGCCAUCACAGUCGACGUGAACAUGCCUGAGGACUCCGCCAUUCAAGAAAUACGUUCGCCAAGCCACCCGAUCGCUGUGGCCUUUGGCAGGACUUCGACUAGCGAGUCUCAACCUCCGCAUUUGUCGAGAGCUUCUGCUACCUUGUCUCUUGGCACAAGUACUCUAGAUAAAGACAUCGUUCUGGAGAUCAUGCACCAAGAUAGCGGCAAGCCCAAAGCUCUCCUGGAGACCCACCCUAAUAUUUCCGGACAACGAGCUCUAAUGGCAACGCUUGUUCCCAAUAACCUUGUGCAGCAGUCAAAGCCAGAGAUCAUCUUUGUUGCGGAUCAGAGCGGCAGUAUGAAAGGUGCCAGGACCAAGACUUUGGUCGCUGCUCUCCGGAUUUUUUUCAAGUCGUUGCCUGUUGGGAUCAAGUUUAACAUCUGCUACUUUGGAACCCAUCAUUCAUUGCUUUUCCCAGUGAGUCAAGUAUACGACCAAAUGUCCCUCGAGAAGACCCUCAAGUCUCUGGAUGGACUUGGUGGGAAAUUUGGCGGUACCCAGACCCUUAAUGCAAUCAGAGCUUCGGUCGAAUCCCGUGAUGAUUCUCAGCCUCUCUCGAUAAUCCUUGCUACCGACGGCGAUAUCUGGCAACAGCAGGAGUUGUUCGAUUACCUCAACAACUCGGUGGCCACGAGCAAGAAGACCUUGCGUGUCUUCGCUCUAGGUAUCGGCAAUUCAGUGUCUAGCGCUUUGAUCAAUGGUGUUGCCCGAGCUGGCAAUGGAUUCGCCCAGUCCGUUGGAGAAGGAGAGAAGCUAGAUGGAAAGGUGAUCCGUAUGUUGAGGGGUGCGCUCAUUCCUGACUAUGGCGCAUUUACCAUGGAGAUUCAGUAUCAGAAGGACGAGGACGAGGACGGAUUCGUGAUGGUCGAGCUAGUCAGUGAUAGCCUUCGUGUGUUGGAGCUCGAUGAGAAUGAUUGGCCGGACGCACAGCUCGACGAGGAACCCGCUUUUUCUGCCGAGACCACGGCUGGAGGGGAAAAGGACGUGGAAAUGCCAGAUGCUGACGGUCAAGCCCGCUAUAACCAUCUGCCUGUUGUGCCAGCACCAAAGCUCAUGCAGACGCCCCAAGUUAUCCCGCCUCUGUACCCUUUUAGCCGUACCAACGUCUAUAUCCUGAUCUCACCAGGCGCUGCUCAGGGCACUGUCAAGUCAGUCGUCCUGAAGGGCAGCUCUGCCGAGAACCCCUUCGCAUUAGAGAUCCCAAUCGAAGUCCUCUCCGAGCCUGGCGAAACGAUUCACCAACUUGCCGCCAAGAAAACAGUUUCCGAGUUGGAAGAAGGACGUGGCUGGCUCGUGCACGCCAAGGAUGAGAAUGGAGUUUUCAUCAAAGAAAAAUACUCCGUCCGCUUUCAAUCAAUAGUAGAGCGCGAAGCCGUACGCCUCGGCAUCCAAUAUCAGAUCGCUGGAAAGUUCACCUCUUUCGUCGCCACUGAAACAGACCCUGGAAACCCAGAGAACACUGUAUCACGCAAAGCUGGUAUCGUCGAGGAAGCAGGAACUAGUCCAUCGGUGCUCUAUGGUCAGUCCGCUCAACCCAGAAAUAUGCCAUCAUUCGGUGCUCUAAGCAGUGUAUCAAAUUUCGGUGCGCUAGCAUCACGUGGACCGCCCGAGGACUCUAGGUCGCACACACAAGGAUCGAGUGGAUUGUUCGCCUCUUUCCAGCGCACGCCAGCACCCGAUGAAUCGAUUGGCUCUGUGCAGCACAAAAAGAGGGCAUUCCACAGUCGUAUGUCCACUGGUGGGAAGGCACCGCGCAAGCAACUUGCCUCAAAGGCGGCUCUCAAGAUCCCGCCAGAUCAGCUCGUACCAUUCUCAGCUGAGGUGGCUCAGGAUGCUUCAAUUCAUGAUGAGGGGGACGCGAAGCCGGAGGAUAUAGAUCCUUUGCAGAAGAUCAUUGCCCUGCAGACUUUCGAGGGUUAUUGGAACUUAGAUGCUCCGUUGCGGAAGGUUGUGGGUUUGUUGGCACUGCACAAGGCCCCUCAGGGCGUGGAUUCGAAAGCAUGGGCUACUGUGCUGGCAGUUACGUUCUUGGAGAGGAAGACGCCAGGCGACAAGGAGGCAUGGGAGAUGGUAGUCGACAAGGCUAGAGGAUGGUUGAAGGACAUGGAGGCGCGAGAGGGGGGGAAAUUUGAGGAAAUGUGGACAUUGGCUGAGCAGUUGGUUGUGGGGGCAGACUAG